UUUAUUCUGUGUGAAAUCGUUUUUUCUCUUGUCGGCAAUCAGUGGAAGCGUAGUUUAGUUUUUGAUAAAUAUUAAUAUUUGACUGAUAUUUAACGAUAUUCAAGAUGAAGAAAGUAAUAUUUGUUUGUUUAUUAUCACUCUCUGUGUGCCUCAGCGUACCAACUCAAGCACCAGAGACACCAGCUACACCUGAUGCUAAAGUCGCUAAGGAAACAGAGCCGAAACUUGAGACACCUAAACCUGCAGUUCUUGAAGCGAAUAAUGUAACGGCUAAUAAAACCGCAGCAGCAAAUACCACGGCAACUGCUCAAUCGACUGCCCCAGUAAAUGCCACAGAGAAUGCCACUGCUACAAAAGAAACUCAAACCACACCUAAAGCUGUAAACGAAACGUCUACUAAGACCAACGACACUAAGCCUACAGAAAAGGCAAAUACAGAACUUAAACCCACAGAGGUUACUGAGAAACCUGCUGAAAAGAAAGAAGAAUCGCCUAAAGGAACUCCCACUGGGUCAGUAGUUCCUGUAAAUAAACCAACUAACGCUGAGACGGCAGAAACUACAGCUAAGAAUGCAACUGUGACGCCUAAGGCUGAUAAUGUCAGCCCCACUGUUGCGCCUGUCGAAGCGAAAACCAGAGCAUUCGAUGGGCCGAGCUUCAUCGGUGGCAUCAUCUUGACUCUUGGUCUCCUUGCCAUCGGCUUCAUGGGAUUCAAGUACUAUAAGAACCAAACCGAAAGGAACUACCACACUCUCUAAAUAUUGUUAAGUUUCACCCUAUUUUAAGUGCACCUACCUAUGUAUAAGAUUUAUUUUAUAAAAAGGGGAAUUUAUUUUGUUCUAAAACUUCCAAACCUUCGAGUGCACUUUAGUAAAUACAGGUAUAUUAUACAUAAUUACGUGUAAAUUUUGUUCAUCUCAAUAUUUUGAUAACGUAAUUUAGCUUUUCCGAAUUAUAUGUUAGAAGGUUUGCGUCACUAGCAUUCGUGUAGUAUUUCCGUCCGAAACGAAUACUAGUGAUGUGUCCCUUAGGUGAUUGGUCGAUUAGGUCAUAAUUUUACAACUCGAAUUAAAUUUGUUCUCUUUUUAAUAGCGUAAGACUUUGUAACUUCUAGUAGAUUGUUUGGCAUUUAUUUUUCUAUGUUGCAUGCUUUAUUUUAAGCAAGUAAGCAAAGUAUUUAUCUACGUAUAAUUUUAUAUCCACCAGGUUUUUAUACCAGAGUUAUUACAUUCGUAAUAUUAUAUGAAAAUAUAUGUGAUUUGGAAUCUAUAGAUGUUUAUAUACUGAAUUUGUAAGAUGAUUCAAAAAUUAUUAAAACUAUUAUGGGCCACUGAUGAUUAUCAUCAUACUGUUUCAACUUUGAGUGCAAUUUAGUUGUAGUGUUAAUGUUCUUCUCUUGUGAACAGUGCCAUGUUUCGGAUUUGGUAAAACACUGCAUUUGGCAAAAUUUAUAUAUCUACAGCUUCAUACACACUGUAUUUCAAAGAUAGCCAUUAAGUAUAUUUAUUAAUGUUAAGUGUUAUUGUAAGGAAACGCAAUGUGAUGAUGAAAAUAAGGGUCUAAAGUAGUACCUAUAUUGGUUUGGCAUAAUCAAGUUUACCGAAUCUCAUAUGCUCGACUAAAUUCCAAACUAGUUUUCCAUCUCAAACUCCUAGAGAAUCUCGAAAUUUCUGAAAUGUCUCAUCCUAAAACUUUUUUGUGUCAAACCAUAACCAAUUCUGUAUAUUUUGUUUUAUUAUUUUUGUGAUUUUAACACGCUAUUUGUAAACUGGGGAAAGUUGAUUCCAUCCUAAAGUGCUCUUAAAUCUGAACUAUUUAUCGAUAGUUAUUCGAGAGGUUUACAUGCCACUAUUAAAAUUCUGUCUAUCUUACUACUGCUACCUACUCAUGUCUGUCAAUGGUUAUGUUAAAUAAAGUAUACAUAUAUAUCGUAAA